GAUCCUGUUCUCCACUCCUCUAGCCGUGGUCAGUUACUUCCUCAUCUGGUAUGUUCCUGUGUUUGAGGAUGGGAGGGUCAUCUGGUACCUGGUCUUCUACUGCCUCUUCCAGACCCUUCAGACGUGUUUCCAUGUGCCCUACUCGGCUCUCACCAUGUUCAUCAGUGAAGAUCAGAAGGAGAGGGACUCUGCCACUGCUUACAGAAUGACGGUAGAGGUUCUGGGUACUGUGAUUGGCACAGCCGUCCAGGGUCAGAUUGUGGGCAUGGCCAACGCCCCCUGUAUCCCGACGCCCGGUGAUAAUGUCACGGCCGACGGGUUAAACUCCUCCCUGCUGCUGGAACAGGAAGUCAACGCCACGAUCACCACUGUCAUCACCCUGGACCAAACGAAAACGGCCUACAAUAUAGCCUCCGGUGUCAUCUGUUCCAUCUACGUGCUCUGUGCCGUGGUGCUGUUCUUCGGAGUCAAGGAGAAGAAAGAGUCGUCUCGCCCCCGGUCAGAGCGCAUGUCGUUCUGGGAGGGUAUCAGGCUGGUGAUGGGUCACGGACCUUACGCCAAGCUGGUGAUGGGCUUCCUCUUCACCUCACUGGCUUUCAUGCUACUGGAAGGGAACUUUGCUCUGUUCUGCUGCUACACUCUGGGCUUAAGGAACGACUUCCAGAACAUUCUACUGGUCAUCAUGGAGAGGACACACACACACACACUGCCUAUUGAUUUAAAGUCAUCUCUCACCAUCCCCUUCUGGCAGUGGUUCCUCACCAAGUUUGGCAAGAAGACAGCUGUGCAUCGGCACCUCUUCUGUGAUCCCUUUAUGAUCCUGGUGGUGUGUGUGAAGAGUAAUCUCAUCAUUACCUACCUGGUGUCGUUCGCUGCCGGGGUCGGAGUCGCAGCUGCCUUCCUGUUGCCAUGGUCCAUGUUGCCAGACGUGGUAGAUGACUUCCAGGUCCAGAACCCAGACUCUCGGGGUCACGAAGCCAUCUUUUAUUCCUUCUAUGUCUUCUUCACCAAGUUUGCUUCUGGAAUCUCUCUGGGGAUCUCUACUCUCAGCUUGGAUUUUGCAGGGUAUAUGACUCGAGGUUGCACCCAGCCUGAGAACGUGGAUAUAACCCUGAAGGUUCUGGUCUCCGCGGCGCCCAUAGGACUCCUUCUGAUUGGCCUGGUCAUAUUCCGCUCUUAUCCAAUCGACGAAGAGAGGAGGCAGGGCAACAGGAAGCUGCUACAGGAGCAACGGGAAAAUGAGGCAGACUCCGAAACCGACUCAACAGAACUGACAAACAUGCUGUAGGUUCUAGAACACUCAUGGACCAAUGGCGUGACUGAUUGUUGCUUGCACUGGGUGGGGCUAAUAAUGAGGGCGGCUGGACCUAUCACAAAGGCAACACUGCUUCCAUCCAAUCACACUGCUGCUUCAGAUCUCUGAACUUAAAAGGAUCACUAACACAAGACCCAAAACAGAAAAUGUUUCUCAAACUGCAGUUCCGUAUGGCAAGGAAGCAUAUGACUUCCUGGUUUAAGUCCCGCCCACUUCAGCUAUGACUCAUUGUCCCAACAGACGUCUCCCGCUCUGUUGUCAGUGUUGUUUCGGGGUCAAAUCUAAAACGACAACCCAUUUCCUUGUGCACUACACGGGGCUGUAACUGUCGUGAACUCCAUGGGGACUUUUUACCGUGUGAUUUGAGACGUAACCUUAAUGUUAUGGGUACAAUGCAUAGUACUGUCAUUGUAUAUUGCCAUAACUUUAUCUAUUGUAGGUAUAACUUGAAAAUCUCUAACGACUUUAGACAAUGCACUAGAACAAUUUACUACAACCCUCUUCUUCCAGGGUGAAGAAGAAGACUGUCGAAAGCUAAAUAAGAGCCUUUUUAUUCAUUUGAUGUUUUACUGGUAUUGGUUACAAAAGCCAGACAUUAAAAAAAAAUAUAUAUAUUUUUUUUUUAUUAGAAUAUUUCUACAACAAUUUUGAAUAUCAAAUGUUUCUACUAAGUGAAUACAGACUUCAGUUUGGUACUGUCUUGACUGGUAGGACUACUGUACUGUCUUGACUCGUAAGACUACUGUACUGUCUUGACUGGUAGGACUACUGUACUGUCUUGACUGGUAGGACUACUGUACUGUCUUGACUGGUAGGACUACUGUACUGUCUUGACUGGUAGGACUACUGUACUGUCUUGACUGUUAGGACUACUGAACUGUCUUGACUGGUAGGACUACUGUACUGUCGUGACUGUUAGGGCUCUGACUACUUAGGGCUCUGACUACUUAGGGCUCUGACUACUUAGGGCUCUGACUACUUUGUACUGUCUUGACUGUUAGGGCUCUGACUACUUAGGGCUCUGACUACUUAGGGCUCUGACUACUU